AUUAUUUCUACGUCUCGUAAGCGAUGACAACACUUUGAAACAGCGGACAUGCGUUUCAUCAGCCAAACCUUACCCAGACCUUAGCAAAAGAAGCAGACCAGGUCAAUUUUAAGCAGCAGGAUGUGUGGUAUAUGGGCUUUGUUUGGCAGCGAUGAUUGCCUGGCGGUUCAGUGCUGUAAUGCCAUGAAGAUCGCUCAUCGCGGUCCAGAUGCUUUCCGAUUUGAGAAUGUCAACGGUUUCACCAACUGCUGCUUUGGUUUUCACCGUCUGGCCAUUGUGGACCAGCUGUACGGCAUGCAGCCUCUUCGUAUCAAGAAGUUUCCCUACCUCUGGUUGUGUUAUAAUGGUGAGAUCUACAACUACCUCAGGCUAAAGGAGCACUUUCAGUUUGAGUAUCAGACCAAAGUUGAUGGAGAGAUCCUUCUGCACCUGUAUGAUCGGUUCGGGAUUAAGGAGAUGGCCUCUCUGCUAGAUGGCGUAUUUGCCUUCAUCUUGCUGGACACUGCUAACAGAAAAGUCUUUCUGGGCAGAGAUACCUACGGUGUAAGACCUUUAUUCAAGAUGAUUACCGAUGAUGGCUUUCUAGCUGUCUGCUCUGAGGGAAAAGGUUUGACACAAGUUAAACACUCCAUGUCCACCCCGGCAAAGAUCACCCCCUUUCCACCGGGACACUUUGAGGUGUUUGACUUGAAGCUUACAGGAAAAGUGGAGUCUGUUCAGGUGGAUUGUUUUCACAACUGCACAGAUGAACCCAGACAUGCCACCUAUGGUGGCGUGGAAAAACUUGGCACAGUUUUGUUAUUUGUUUCAGACUUUGAAUUGAAGACCGUCAAGAACAACAUUAGGAUCCUGUUUGAAAAUGCUGUAAGGAAACGAUUGAUGGCCCACAGAAGGAUCGGCUGCCUCCUUUCAGGCGGUCUCGAUUCUAGUCUGGUUGCUGCAUUUCUUGUGAAACUGGCCAAAGAAGAGCAGCUCCAGUAUCCCAUUCAGACGUUUGCCAUAGGCACUGAAGACAGCCCAGAUAUAAUAGCUGCUCGCAAGGUGGCAGCUCACAUAGGCAGUGAGCAUCAUGAGGUGAGCUUCACUCCUGAGGAGGGCAUCCAUGCACUAGAGGAAGUCAUCUUUCACUUGGAAAGUUAUGACAUCACUACUGUGCGUGCCUCUGUUGGUAUGUACCUGAUAUCAAAGUACAUUCGUGAGAAGACAGACAGCGUUGUGAUUUUUUCGGGUGAAGGUUCGGAUGAAUUGACACAAGGAUACAUCUACUUUCAUAAGGCUCCAUCACCUAAAGCCGCUUGUGAGGAGAGUGUGCGUCUGCUGAAAGAGCUGUAUCUGUUUGACGUACUGAGAGCCGACAGAACCACGGCAGCACAUGGACUGGAGUUAAGAGCGCCUUUCCUGGACCACAGGUUCACUGCAUAUUACCUCUCACUACCUGAAGAGAUGAGAGGACCAAAGGAUGGAGUUGAGAAGUACCUGCUGAGGGACGCGUUCAGAGACAUGAACCUGCUCCCACAUGAGAUCCUCUGGAGGAGAAAAGAGGCCUUCAGUGAUGGCAUUACCUCCAUAAAGAAAUCCUGGUACACGAGCCUGCAAGAGCACAUUGAGUCUGAGGUGAGCGAUUCUCAGUUAGAAACGGCUGCUAAACUGUUUCCUAUAAACCCCCCAACAACCAAAGAGGGCUUUUACAUACGGCAGAUAUUUGAUAAGAGUUACCCCAGCCGCUGCGAGUGGACACCGCAUUACUGGAUGCCACAAUGGAUCGAUGCCACGGAUCCCUCGGCCAGAACGCUGUCCAUAUACAAGCCAGAUAAAGACCAGUAAUCUAACCGACCGGCAGAGCUCAGCUAAACAUCAUGUUCACUGUAACACCGCACAUACUGUAUACAUUCGUCUUUAAUGUUUUCUAGAUAAACUUAAAGAUGGCUGUUAACAUAAUGUAAAUUGGUGAUAAGCUGCUGCUAGUGUUACAUUAUUGUGCUAUGUUUUAGUGUUUCAACUUUGUCUGUAAAAUUCACUUGAGUUUUAGGUGAUAAUUUUCUUUGCUAAAAAGAAAAAAAAAUAUGAGUCAGUUUUUCACAAAUUAAAAGUUCUCAAGAAUAGGGAAGAUAAAACUGGUAACCCCGUCCACUUAAAUUCCUGUCGACUAAUGCUGUGUAUACACUGCCAGCGAUUUUGUCAUUGUGUGAUGCCCAACAAUGAUCAUUUGGAGGCGUUCCUAAUUCUGGUUGUCCUCAUAACAAAAAUAAACAAAUGUAACCGCAUGGGCAUUGGAAACAAAAAAAUUAGGUGGGUACUAAAGUAGAUGCCAAUUUCUUGUGUUCUGUUUCCUUUUAUUGCAUUAUUAGUGGCGGAAUUGCAGCAGGUGAAAGUAGUGAAAACACGACAUGGAGUUUAAUUUAUUAACUCUUUUCCUGCCAUUGACAAAUUAACUCGUCAAUUAAGAGAAAACGCUUCCCUGCCAAUGACAAGUUUUUACGGCAAUCCGUAUUUUCGCUGUUAUCCACCAGGUGGCACUCUUACCCAACUUAUAAAACCCAGAAGCAACCCUUUAGGUCAAACAGUAAGAACUCCCUGUAUGUUUUGAGGCGCACUCUGAAUCUGAUCUCUAUCAAAAGUGAAGUCCUUCACAAAAAUUGAAUUAUCUCAGCUUUUAUUAUCUCAAAUUUUGUUUUUUUAAGAAACCGACCCAUAUUUAAAAGGUGAUAAAAAGAGAACAAAUGGUAGAAGGUAGGAUUAUUAUUAUUUUUUUUUUGUUGAAAGCAGAGGGUCUGUUCUUUCAUUAAAUAUAUUGUAUGUUUAUAUAUAUAUAUAUAUUUUACUUUUGUAAAAAUCAUACAAAAUGCUAUGCUGGUGCUGGCUGGAAAGAGUUAAGGUGUUCCUCCAGUAGAAUGGAUUUCACUGAUGGCACUAUGACAUAUGCGCUAAAUUAGAGAAAAAGUGAGCUGGUCCAAUAUCAUUGGUCUUAAAAAGUGGGUUUGAUGCCCAUGAGUAACCGUCCUCUCAGUACAUGACGAAAGACAGAUGAUAUGAACUCCACUGCUUUACUCUAAUUGGUAGUUUUUCUUGAACGUCACUCGUCAUUUGCAUAAAGUUAAACUGUUCUCAGCUUUGUCGCGUAGCUGGACACACCCACUUCCUGUCACCAAUGGUCACUGUUGAUCGUGUUGCCAGAAGUCGCCAAGCUUCCAUUAAAUCCUUGUUCAGACCACCAGUGACUUUCUCGCUGUGUGUCACCAGUCUUUUUCAAUGAGGCGUUUCUAAUAAGUACAAAGAAGUAUCGUCCACUGCAGGACUGACGAGAGAAGGAUGACCUGAACUCCACUGCUUUGCUCCCAUUGGCAGUCGCUCCUUAAAAUCAUUCAUCAUUUGCAUAAAGUUAAACUUGGCUGUUCCGGUCACCAAUGGUCACUUUGCUCUGAAGUUGCCAAGCUUCCAUUAAAAUUAACAAAAUUGCGUCAUUACGCUGUUGGUAGUCGCUGGCGGUGUGCACGCAGCUUAACUUUAAAAAGUCUUUAUUAAGCAUUUACAAACCAUACUUAAGUAUUUGUUUUUUUUAAGAUCUGGACUGGUUACUGAGAGAUUGGGUUUAUAAUCGAUUACCUAUUACACUUAAACAGACCAAAUUUCUUUAGUGGAGAACUGUCUGUCCAUUUAAUAGGUGUAAUUAUUAGUUUAAACUACUGUAAUAAUUUCUUAAAAAGUGCCAUACACGAUACCAAGGCAGUCUGAAUGACUGGCACUUGUAAAAAACAGAAUGAUCAUUUUGCCUUAAAAUCUUCAUAUAAUACAAUUGCAUUGAUUAUUUAAGUAGAAGGUGCUCAGAAAUAACAUGUGGUGAUAAUGUUUGUUUGUAUGCUGUUUGAUAGUCAUUCGAACACUGGCCAACACUGUAUCUAAUAAAACAAAGAAUGUUAAACCAAUGUAACAUUUCAGUUCCAAUUCAAUGUUAAAAGAAACCACUAAUGCCUUUAUUGCACUGGAUAUUGAAAUACUGUUAAAGACUGAUAAAGCUUUUUCCAUCACCCA